CUCUAUUUCUCAUCAUUAUCAUUAUCUCAACCCUUCUCUAUCUCUCUUACUACAAAUUAUCAGCAUCCAUCACCAAAUAUAGAGAAUAUGAGCAAAACCGAAGCAAUAAGCUUGACCAAAAGGGGAAUGUUGCCGCCAAGUAGUUGCAGUAGCCUAAUGGACCGCUCUGAGUCCCUCAAGAGGGACAGUGUGAUGAGCAAUGGUGCAGCCAAAGUGAGAGGAAGCUUGGAGCGCAAGAAAUCAAAGAGUUUUAAGGAAGGAGAAAGCUAUUCUUCUUGGCUCAUAACGGAGGCUCCUGGGAGUAUAGCCGCCGUGAGGAGAGAGCAAGUGGCGGCACAACAAGCCCUAAGGAAGCUAAAGAUUGCUCAUUACGGCAGAUCCAAAUCAACCAUUAAUUUCACUUCUUCCAAAGUCGUCCCUCUUCUUCACCCUAACCCUAACCCUCAUCCUCAGAGAUGCAGCUUCCUCACCCCCACUUCUGAUCCUAUUUACGUGGCCUACCAUGAUGAAGAAUGGGGAGUUCCAGUUCAUGAUGACAAGACGUUGUUCGAACUGCUGACCCUAAGCGGCGCACAAGUAGGCUCCGAUUGGACUUCAACCUUGAGAAAACGCCAUGACUAUAGGAAGGCGUUUAUGGAGUUUGAGGCGGAAGCGGUUGCCAAACUCACCGAGAAAGAGAUGAAUGCAAUAAGCAUCGAAUUCAAGAUAGAGAUGAGCAAAGUGAGAGGUGUUGUGGAGAAUGCUACAAAGAUCGUAGAGAUCAAGAAAGCGUUUGGGUCAUUAGAGAAAUACCUUUGGGGAUUUGUGAACCACAAGCCCAUCUCCACGAACUACAAGCUGGGACACAAGAUUCCGGUCAAGACAUCGAAGUCGGAGAGCAUAAGCAAAGACAUGGUUCGUAGAGGCUUCCGGUUUGUGGGUCCCACUGUGGUUCACUCAUUCAUGCAAGCGGCUGGUCUUACUAACGACCACUUAAUCACUUGCUGUCGCCACAUUCCUUGCACUGUCCUGGCAACCAAUCCCUAAUUAUUAAUUUUUAAUUUAAUUGAAAGUGUUGUUUUUAUUUAACUUUCGAGUGCAAAAUGUAGGUGUAGGAGAAAAGAGAUUGCAGUUUUUUUUUAAAUUGGCAAUGUAAGAUAAAUUAGCUGGUUUUGU